UAAUACAGUACUGCCCUAAAUCCCAUGAAAAGUAACACUAACCUUGGUAGGUCAUUUAUCCAGCCUAUGAAAAUUGUGUACUGGAAAUUUACAGUUUUCUUGAGUCUAUAAAAGAUUAAGCUAUACCAUCAAGUAUUUAGUGUCUAAGAGAUCAAGUGCUAGCCCCUAUUAAUAGAUAGGACUGCAUCCUUAAGAGUUGCAACACAAAUAUAUAGCUGGGCAAAACAUCACUUCAUUCUUUCAGUUAUCAAUAUGCCAGAAUCAUGAUCAACUACAGAUAUAUCAAGGACAGUGACAAACAUGUCAGAAAUUGUAGGCAAGGCAUGAAUCAAAUAUUUUUGAAAAAAAAGAUAUCUUAGAGAUUGUGCUUAACAGGACUAAUAACAGAAACACAACUUUUUGAGGGGAUUAAAAAGAAACAAACAGAAAAAGGAAGGCAGCAUUAAACUCUCACCUAGUGCCAGAAUUUUGUCAGGAUCCUCACUCGAUUUUUUGCAGAAGGUAGGAGCGUUUCCUUUGCCAAUUAAGGAGGAUUACUCCUCCCCUCGUUGAGCUGUAUCCAAUAUAGAUACCCCUACCCUUUGGCUCAGCACAUCUUCCCUGGAUCCCGUCUUCCUCCUGCAUUCCCCCGAGGCGCAGAUCCUGCAGCAAUCUUCCCCCAAAGCGCGACCAGGAAUAGGAUAAUCAAAGAACAGAGAUGCUGGCAGAUUUAUCAGUUGUAAUUGUCACUCUCCAAUCACUCCUUGAAGUGCAUGUGUCAACCAGAAGGUUGCUCUUGGUGAAUUGGGAAUUUUUUAUGGACAAAGAAGCAAAUUGUUUGACAUCUUGGAUAGAUUGUUGCCUUUCACAAGGAAGGAGGCUUGUUUUGCUGGGAUCGUGUGAAUACAUAUCCACCUUGUUUCAAUGUACCAAUCUCAGGAAUUCAUUUGUGGCAAGCUUCCAGGACAUGACAUGGAUUGAUUUUGCAGAUCCAAGUUGGAGUAAUAGUAUAACAAAGAAUGGGGCACAUUUUGAUCACCAAACGUUUCUUGAUGCGUCUUUACUUUCAUUUGCACCUACAUUUCUUCAGGAAGAACGUUUGCCUGGAGCUGUUGUUGCCUGCACUAUGGCCCCCUCCCAGGUUCCGGAACCGACGGAGACUGCUCUCGGAGGCCGUUGCAAGGUGUGUAAAGAACCUGAAGAGAAGGGCAAGAGGUUCCUGAUCUGUGGCCACUCUCUUUGCAUGUACAAGUACUACCACAUCCGGUGCCUGAGUCCUAAACAGAUCGCAAGCGAUCAGCAGCUGGGUGAACAAUGCUGGUACUGCCCAUCAUGCCUCUGCCGGGGUUGUUUCUGUGACAUGGACGAUAAUGAGAUCAUCAUGUGUGACGGCUGUGAUGAGGCCUAUCACCUCUACUGCCUGAGUCCUCCUCUCACUUCCGUGCCCAAGGGGCAUUGGUACUGCCAGCUCUGCACUGAGGCGAAGGCACGGGAGGUGGAGGUGAAGAAGUACGAGAAGAGGAUGCUGCAGCUCCACAGGAAGCGUGAUCGUGCUAUGGUGAAGAGUGACAAGUAUGUGGGCAUGGGCCUGCUGCUGGAUGCCUUGGCGAAGCUGGAGGAGGAGGAGGCAAUCACGAAGCGGAAACGCGAUGAGGAGGCGGCUGCUGCCGCUAUGGAGAAGCUGAGAGGCGAUGAGGAGGCGGCUACCGCCGCAGAGUAGGAGGCAUGGAGAUUGUGAGCAGGUGGAUUUGUGUUCCCUGCCAUGAGUUCAAACCAGCACAAGGUUUCUGUCCGGGGAGCCUCAGCUCUGUCCCAGCUGAAGACAUGAUGGUCAGGAGCUGGGACGAGCGGCCGAGGGUCUCUGAAACGUGUGCCGUUUGAACUGGUGGUAGCGAAUAUGAGUCCGCCAGAAUUGCUCUUAUCCUCUGUAAUCGUUUGUUUUAUCUUGGCGAGGUCAUACUUGACGAACUUGCCGGCGUCGUAACUUUAGAAGACUGUGAGCACCCUUGAUACCUUUGCUGGGUACUUGAACUGAAAUGAAAUGGUGGAUGUUGGUAGACUAAA